AUGUUUCGUUUCACGUACGAAACUUCCCGAUCGCUGACGGAUGACCGAACGUUGACCAUUGGUCACUGCCCCGCGACGCUGCUUAGCAACCGGCCUUUCAGUUUAUUAGGCAACUGCGACGGCGGCUGCACCCCGUCCGACGACAGGCAGGUCGAUGCCGUCAAUCCCCAGUCGACGCCGAUGUACCAAAGUACUGUCUUUAGGGGUCGCACGGAAUUUGACAGGUGCAUUGGCAAAGGCCGAAGAGGCGCAGGCGGCGAAACCAGGCUCGGAACUGCGGCCCCUGGCAGCGUCUGGGGAGGGAGCAGCGGAAGCGACCGCAAAUGGAGAAACGCAGCCGUCGACGCCGGCGGCGGCGGCGGCAGGUGUGGCGGCGGCCGCAUCGACAGCGGGGCCGGCGGCGGAGGCAGCCGCUGCGCCAGUGGAGGCGGCGGCGGGGGGAACGGGCAAGGAGAUGGAUACCGCCAGCGGCGGCAGAUGGCCAGUACGGCAAGGCCCCUCAGCCGGCAGCGUGUGGCGGACGCCCAAACCCGGCCGUCCUACCCCCCGCAUGACUCCGCCUCCGCGGCUUAUGGUGCCAUCCCGCAUACCAAAUCCCGGCCCCGGCCGGGUCGCGACAGAUUGGAGGUACUCCCAGGAGUGCUUCAGUACGGCUUUCCAGCUCCGCUCUAUGGCAUCACUACCGCUGCGGCUGCUGCACUUGACAUCUCCGCCGCCGCUGUCGCUUUCGCCACCGCUGCCUUCGUCGCUAUCGUCAGUGUCGCUGCCUUCUCCGGCGACACCCAGCUUUACUCGCCGAUUCCACCGCAGGCUGCGGGCACCUGCACCGCCGCCGCCGCCGCCGCCGCCGCGGAGAUCAGCAUUAGCAAAGCUGCGUACUGCAUCUCGAAAGCCACCGCGCGCAGCGCAGCCGCCAGCGGCUGCGGGAAGGCUAACGAGACUGCGCAGUUCGUUGCUGGCGAAGCGUGUAGAGCUCUGGCCGUUUUGGCCACGUGGGUUGCGACGGGUGGGCGUAUGGAGUACUAA